UUUUUGGCCCUGCACGCGAACCUUACAAAGCGUCACGAGUUACUGGAAUGAUCAUGGGGAGGUCGGGGAAAAUAACAGCAGUUAUCCAGCAACAACUACCAUUAAUGAAAUAAUUUAGCGACACUUUGAGGGGCGAACUACCGGACACCACCAUGGCCAACAUCACCAAGAAAGUGUCGUGGUCCAGCCGAGCCGACGAGUCCGGGUCAGCCGGGGAGGGGACACCGCUGCUCAACGGCUCCGAGCAGCCCAGACACUCCAGACAGCCGUCUGAAGGAGGAAGUAUAUUUCAGAUAGGCAGACUCAGCACGGUGGAUUUGGAAGAGGAGAUAACGUCAGAUGAGCAGGACUCUCUAAGAGGGCAGCCCAAAGAGAUCCCUCACAAUGAGAAGCUGCUGUCACUCAAAUAUGAGAGUCUGGACUAUGAUAACAUUGAAAACCAGCUGUUUCUGGAGGAGGAGAGGAGGAUGAGUUACAUGGGUUUCCGCUGUCUGGAGAUCAGUCGCUGGGUGGUCUGCGGUCUGAUCGGCUUUCUGACCGGCCUCAUCGCCUGUUUCAUAGACAUUGUGGUGGAGCAGCUGGCUGGGAUGAAAUACCAAGUGGUCAAAGAGAACAUAGAGAAGUUUACAGAGGUGGGUGGUCUGUCUAUUUCUCUUCUUCUCUGGGCUGUCCUCAACUCCGCCAUUGUCAUGGUCGGGGCCAUCAUAGUUGCAUUUUUUGAGCCCAUAGCGGCAGGAAGUGGUAUUCCUCAGAUAAAAUGUUACCUGAAUGGCGUCAAGAUUCCCAGGGUGGUACGACUCAAGACACUGGUGGUGAAAGUGUGUGGUGUCAUCUGUUCAGUAGUUGGCGGUCUUGCUGUUGGAAAGGAAGGACCCAUGAUUCACUCUGGUGCUGUUGUAGCGGCAGGCGUCUCCCAGGGCAGGAGUACCUCUUUAAAGAGAGACUUCAAGAUAUUUGAAUACUUCCGGAGAGACACAGAAAAAAGAGACUUUGUUUCUGCUGGAGCUGCUGCUGGAGUUUCAGCUGCUUUUGGAGCGCCUGUCGGUGGCGUUCUGUUUUCUCUAGAGGAGGGAGCUUCUUUCUGGAACCAGAUGCUAACGUGGAGGAUAUUCUUUGCCUCCAUGAUCUCCACCUUCACCCUGAAUUUCUUCCUCAGUAUCUAUCACAGGAAACCUGGAGACCUUUCCAAUCCAGGUCUCAUCAACUUCGGACGCUUUCAGAGUGAUAGUGUGGUCUAUAACCUCUAUGAGAUUCCCUUGUUCAUUGCUAUGGGAGCUAUAGGUGGAUUGCUGGGAGCUCUGUUCAACGUUCUCAACUACUGGCUGACCAUCUUCAGGAUCAGGUACGUCCAUCGCCCUUGUUUGCAAGUAAUGGAGGCCAUGCUGGUUGCUGGAGUGACCGCAACAGUUUCAUUCACCAUGAUCUACUUCUCCAAUGAUUGUCAGCCUCUGGGGCCGGAGCACACUGAGGAGUACCCACUUCAGUUGUUCUGUGCAGAUGGAGAGUAUAACUCCAUGGCAACAGCCUUCUUCAACACUCCUGAGAGAAGUGUCCGCAGUCUCUUCCACAACCAGCCAGGAACCUACAAUCCUCUGACCCUGGGCUUGUUCACUCUGACCUAUUUCUUCCUGGCAUGUUGGACCUACGGUCUGGCGGUGUCUGCUGGAGUUUUCAUCCCGUCUCUGCUAAUAGGAGCAGCCUGGGGGAGGUUGUGUGGAAUACUGCUGGCCUCCUCCACCUCCACUGGCUCGAUCUGGGCUGACCCUGGUAAAUAUGCCUUGAUUGGAGCUGCAGCUCAGUUAGGUGGAAUCGUGAGGAUGACUCUCAGUUUGACUGUCAUUAUGGUGGAGGCUACAGGAAAUGUCACAUACGGCCUUCCCAUCAUGCUCGUCCUCAUGACUGCCAAGAUAGUAGGAGACUACUUUGUAGAGGGUCUGUAUGAUAUCCACAUUAAGCUGCAGAGUGUUCCCUUCCUACACUGGGAGGCUCCUGCCACCUCCCACUGGCUGACUGCCAGAGAGGUGAUGAGUUCUCCGGUCACCUGUUUGAACAGGAUAGAGAAGGUGGGAACCAUCGUGGACACCCUUAGCAACACAUCCACCAAUCACAAUGGCUUUCCUGUCGUCGUGCAAGUUUCUGGUAGUGAUGAGCCAGCGAAGCUCUAUGGGCUCAUCCUCCGCUCUCAACUCAUUGUUCUUCUCAAGCACAAGGUGUUUGUGGAGUUGGCCCGGUCCCGGCUGACACAUCGGAAGCUCCAGCUGAAGGAUUUCAGGGACGCCUACCCCCGCUUCCCCCCAAUCCAGAGCAUCCACGUCUCCCAGGAUGAGAGGGAGUGUAUGAUGGACCUCACUGAGUUCAUGAACGCAACGCCUUACACGGUACCACAGGAAACAUCCCUGCCUCGUGUCUUUAAGCUGUUCAGAGCGCUGGGACUCAGACACCUGGUGGUAGUGGAUGAUGAAAACAGGGUGGUUGGACUGGUGACCAGGAAAGACUUGGCCAGAUAUCACCUUGGCAAACAUGGACUGGAGGAACUUCAGCUGGCCCAGACAUAGUAGACACACACACACACAUAUCUAUGAACUAUGAGCACCUGAUGCCUCGUAAAGCUGUUGACCACCAGCUAUGCAGCCCAAAAGGACACCGUCGAGGGCCAAAAGAUCCCUUUUAUUCUUUGAUGUCAAAAUGGUCACCAUGGCAACACAAGGCGUCCCCCCGCCUACAAGCCUGGGUUAUUAACAAAAAGUCACAUUUAAAUGUCUUAACUGCUCUUAGUGUAAAUUUUGGGGGGGGGGGGCUCUAUUAAAACUGUGUGAAAUUAUUUACUGUGGAAUAUCUGAGCUCUAGUUUUAUCCAAGACCUCCAUUAUUAUUACCACAGAUUUUUUUGGCGGCUGCUGUGCUGAGGCAUCAAAUGAUGCACAGGGCUUUGUUAGAAAAAAUAUUUGCUUUAUGAAAGGGGUCAAAGUUGGAUCAAUUAUAAAAAAUACAGUGAAUCAUAAUAGAAAAUAAUAAAAAUGAUAAUAAUAAUAAUAAAUUUGAGGAAAGCAAGGUAACUGGUUAAAUCCCUUUUCUCUUUUUUUGUUUACAAAAGCUUCCGCACAUCUCUCCUUCUGUUCAUACUCCUCAACAUCACACAGACAGAUGAUUGUUAAUUCCCCUUUCGAAGUAAUGUUGUGAUAAUGCAGUGAUACAUUAUUAAUCUUUAAUAAUGCUGAUAACUUGUAUUUUUAAAUAAUUCAGAUGGAAGUUUUUUUAUGUCUUGCAAUUGAACUAAACAAGACAUUUAAACUGGAUUGCCUUGAAAACCUGAUUUUGAGUGAGCGUUGAUGUUCAAGUCGGAAAUUCACUGACCGUUUAAGGUUUUCUUUGGCAGUGUUAGCACAUGUAGUACUUUCCAUUUUUUUUGUGUAGUUUUGCACUGUAAGAAUGUUGUUAUUUAUUGUUGAUGUUGAAUACUUGUUUUAGUUUCAAGUUUGGGAAGAAAGUUUGGGUUUCACAUCACAUAUUUCAAGAGAAGAUUCAAGAAAGGAGUGGAGACUUAAUGGUUUCCUGAUGUUUGAGGCCUUUCUGAUUUAGCUAGAAGAUGUAAUUUGAAGCAGUUUUAGCAAGACACAGAUUUAUUAUUUCUUGUAGAUACAGACCCUCCUUCCUCAUCGUAGGUAUGUACAUGUUUUUUUUCCCACCAAAUGUUUGCACUUUUACCUCCUACUGAAAAAAAAAAGUAUUUUGGCAAGAAAUACCAAAAAGUGUCCCUCAUGGAGCUCUAUAUGAAUGUAAAACUUUUUUUACCACACAUCUUGAAUUUAAACUACUCGGUUUAUCCUUGCAUUCUCCAGUCAGGGUACUGUGCAAAACACAAAUAUUCUAAUUUCUGACUUUUAUUUUGUCAAUUUGUAAAUCUAACAUUUAUUCAAUUACCAGUGUUAAUUGUUUUCUUUGUGUACUUCAUUGUUUUUACACUUUGAUUUUGUCUCCUUUGUGUACCCUUUUUGUUGAACAGUUCUAGUUGUUAAAAUAUCGACUAUGCUCUAUUUUAUAACCACUGGAUAAGUCUUUUGUGAAUUAAUAAAGUUGCAAUUUAU